AUGCAAAAGAUUUCAAUUUGGCUUUUAGUUGUUGCAAGUUUAAGAUUGUUAGGUGCUUCACAAGCAUUCUUUAAUCAAUCAAGAAUUAAAUCAAAUGUUUAUUCUGGUGAUCAAAAAUCAAUUAAUCCAUUAUUUUGUAGAUUAUUUGGUAGUUGGACAAUGAUGAGUUUUACACUUUGUGUUGCUACAGCAUUUAAUCCAUUCAAUAAAGCAUUAUAUGCUUGCACUUUUGUUUCAUUCUUAAUUGCUGGUGGACAUUUCGUAACUGAAUGUUUCAUUUAUAAAACAAGUAGAAUAAAAGAUGCAAUUUCACCAUUCAUUGUUGCUGGUACAAGUAUGUUUUGGAUGGGUUAUGAAUUAUUAAAUUGGUAA